AUGAAGAACUCUCCAGACCCAAAUGCGUCCAAGGCCUCAACAAUAUCCCCCAAUCUAUCAGACACGUCAAUCUGUGUACGAGUCCGUCCGCUUUCCGAGCAAGAACUCCACGCAGAUCAUGUUCAAGGCGUGUUUGCACAGAGCCAAGGGAGGAUCAGCAUGCAUGAAGCAAAAAAGAAAAUCAACGGGAGGCCCGACGUGAAGACCACAUCUUUCAACAUUGACGAAGCUUUUGGCUCCGAAAGAGCCACACAAGAGAUAUACGAUAGUCAAGUGCAGCAGUUGGUUGAAUGGGCGUGGAAUGGCGGAGCGAGCACCCUGCUAGCUUAUGGGCAGACUGGCUCUGGGAAGACUUUCACAAUUACAGGGUUGGAGGAACUUGUGGUGCAAACCCUACUCGGAGACUUGCAGCCAGAGAAGAAAGAAGUGCACAUGAGCAUAUUUGAGAUCUUUGGGAAUAAUGCCUAUGAUCUUCUCAGUGAUCGAAAGCAGAUUGCCAUCUUGGAAGACUCGCUUGGCUUAAUGCAGGUCGUUGGGGUGGAGGAGAAGAGUCCCACGGGCGUGGAUGGGCUUCUGGCACUGAUCCAGGCAGCAAAAGCGCUCCGAGUGACAGCAGAGACCGAGAAAAAUGAGCAGUCAUCCCGAUCCCAUGCCAUAUGUCGUGUGCGCAUUGUUGACAAGCGCAAAGAAGGCCCAGAAGGAACACUCUUUCUUGUCGAUCUUGCUGGGAGCGAAGCGAGCGCAGAUGUUCGGCAUCACUCAGCAGAACGGACAGCUGAAUCUCGCGAAAUCAACAAGUCUCUGACAACGCUCAAGGAAUGCAUCCGUGCUAGAGCUUCAUGGGCUGUCUCUCGAGGAACUGUCACGCAGAAACAUGUCCACAUCCCCUUUCGGACCAGCACACUUACCAAGGUAUUGAAGCCUGCCUUCGACAUUCAUAGCAGCAAGACAUGCAAGACCCUUGUCAUUGCUUGUGUUUCACCAUGCAUGUUGGAUGUCCCACACAGCCGAAACACCUUGCGCUAUGCGGAAAUGCUCAAGGUGCAGGUUCCAAAGACUAAGCCACGGCCAUGCAAUGUGCAGAUUCCAACAACGUGGAGCAACAAAGAAGUACAUGAGUGGAUUAAGAAAAAUUCAGGGAAACCAGCAAUCAAUCCAGUCUGGCUUGCUCCCUGGGAGGAUGGCGCACAGUUAUGCAGGCUCGAACAGGAUGAAUUCGUAGCACGGGCAACACGCACACCAGGUGUGCAACAAGAUCAAGCAAAGAAGUUAUACUUCAAGCUAUGGACGCUGCAUAUUGACUCUCGAGCACCGUUGAGAAAGGAACCGGUAGCCAAUGCCCCAGGUUCCAAGAAGAGAGAGCCUCUACAAACAUCCGAAAAAGGUCAAAAUAGCACAAUACAGAGGGACUCAAGUUCGAAGUCAAAUAUCAAGCCUGGGGAAUUCUUCCGACUACCGCUCAAGGAUGCAGAUGAUCGGUCUGAGCUGGUCAUGGUGAUGGGCCGGACAAAAACUAUGAUGGAUGAGGAUGGCAACACUGAAUUCAUAUGUGCUGAGCUUUUCUUGUCAAACCCGGCGGAGAAUUGCUAUGAGCUCUUCGUUGCAAGACAGAGGACUGUCUCGGAUGCGGCGUUGUGUGAUUGUGUCUCGAUGGAGUACGAUACUGACUCACGGUACUAUUACCUGAAAGAAUAA